AUGAAAGAUAGGCCGGCAGCUCGAGGACCCCCUAUCCGAGACUCCCUCGGCUGCCCCGAGCCGUCCUGCACAGGAGCACCACCACCCUCGCCACCAAAGGUCACCGCACGCAAGGGCCGGCCAAAACCCACACCUCAACCAGCGCCACCACCACCACGAACCACCACCACCACUGCGCCGCCAUCCCCCACCAGCCGACCUCCACGACAGUGGGCGGUGGCCCGCAGCCCGCACCUUGCGAGGGCCAGAUCCGAGCGCCUCAAUGCCGCAGACGACGCAUCCGGCCACCGCGAGUACCCCGCCACCAGGACACCCGACACGGGGCCGACACCCGCCGCCACCCAACGGCACCAGCGCGCCGCCGUGCUGCACCACCCGCCAGCCAGCGAUGCACCCCAGCCCAUCGCCAAGACCCGCGCCGAGGCCGCCGAACGAGGGGACAAGAGAAUUCUCUCCGCCGACGGCGGCGACCGGGCUUCGCCUGGCCGCGCUCUUGGGCGGCAGCGAAGGAGGAGGGAGAGGUGUAUCGGGGGCUUGUCGGCGGUGGAGACUAGGGUUCCCAUCGGUUGCGCGCGGGGCGACGUGAGGAGGGAGAGGGAUGUCUUUGCUAUGCCUGAAGGGAAGCAUAGACACGGGACACUUCAAACGGCGGGCUCCUUUGGUGUGGGACUGGCCGGGGUCGGCGUGAACGCGGGCGUGCUCGGCGUCGGCGUGCCUUCUGUGCUGGGGCUGGUAGUCGGUGUCGGCUCCUCUGGUGUGGAACUCGCCGGGGUCGGCGUGGACGCGGGCGUGCUCGGCGUCGGCGUGCCUUCUGUGCUGGAGCUGGUGGUCGGUGUCAGCACCGCUUCAUCGGGCCCGGGGUUGGGUUUCAGCGUUGGUGUCGGCGUGGGUGUAUGGCGAUGGUUGACGCCAGCCCGGGCAUCUGGUUCAAGAUGA